AUGGCGUUUCUCUUCUCUUCCUACAAACAAAAAUAUGCAUUCCUCUCCACUCUUCUUGUUUUUCUUCCUCUACAUCUGCUCAUUUCUUCUUCCGUAGCUGAUCUCUCUUUCAACUUCUACGGCAGCUCAUGCCCUGGAGCUGAAUUCAUCAUCAGAAACACCGUUAGGUCAGCUUCUUCCUCUGAUCCCUCAGUCCUUGGGAAGCUCCUUCGCCUUAGCUUCCAUGACUGUUUCGUCCAGGGUUGUGAUGCAUCAGUGUUGGUUCGAGGGAACGGUACAGAGAGAAGCGACCCUGGAAACGCGUCCUUAGGAGGUUUUGAUGUGAUAGAAAGCGCCAAAAAUGUCCUAGAAAUCUUCUGUCCGGGCAUAGUCUCCUGCGCUGAUAUCCUUGUACUUGCUGCUAGAGACGCCGUCGAAGCUCUGGGAGGACCGGUAGUUCCAAUACCGACAGGGAGGAGAGAUGGUACUGUCUCUGCGGCAGUAAAUGUCAGACCAAACAUCAUUGAUACGGAUUUCACAGUUGAUAAGAUGAUUAAUAUCUUUUCCUCCAAAGGCUUAUCUGUUCAAGAUCUUGUCGUUCUCUCAGGAGCCCAUACUGUUGGUGCUGCGCACUGCAACACGUUCAACAGCAGGUUUAAGAGAGAUCCCAGAGGUAACUUGGAGCUCAUAGACGCAUCUCUUGACAACUCCUAUGCGCAAACACUUCUGAAUAAGUGUUCAUCUUCUCUGGAUCCAACGACUACGGUCGUAAACAACGAUCCAGAGACAUCGUCCACGUUCGACAAUCAGUACUACAGGAACUUGUUGGCGCAUAAGGGUCUGUUCCAGACGGAUUCUGCUCUCAUGGAAGAUGAUCGGACGAGGAAGAUUGUUGAGAUUCUGGCGAAUAAUCAGGAGAGUUUUUUGGAGAGAUGGACCGAGUCUUUUAUGAAGAUGAGUGUGAUUGGUGUGAGAGUUGGUGAAGAAGGUGAGAUCAGACGCUCUUGUUCUUCUGUAAAUUAAAGAGAGGUUUAGAUGAAUUCAAACAGAGGAGCAAAAAUGGAAUAUAGUUUGUGGUGUCUUACUUACUGCUGUUAAUUUUAGUACCACAAUUUCUUUAAUUUAUUUAUGUUCAGCUGCAAUGUAGACGAAUGUUUGUUUUUUUAUUGAAGUGUUAAUUUUGUUACUUACCAA